AUGUCAUUACAAAAAGAUUCUUGGUUACCAUUAAACAAUGGAUUGAAAAUUCCAGUCUCAGGUUUUGGUUUAUAUCAAAUCCCAGUUGAAGAUUCAACAAAAUUAACUUAUGAAGCUUUAAAAGCUGGUUAUAGACAUAUUGAUUCUGCUCAAGCUUAUCAAAAUGAAGAAGAAGGUGCAAAAGGUAUUUCACAAUUUUUAAAAGAAAAUUCUGAUAUCAAAAGAUCAGAUAUUUUUUUCACAACUAAAAUUAAAAAUGGUGAACAUGGUUAUGAAGAAUCUAAAAAAUCAAUUGAAAAGUCAUUAGCUAAAGUCUCUCCAUAUAUUGAUUAUAUUGAUUUAUUCCUUGUUCAUUCACCAAUUUCUUCAAAAGAACAAAGAUUAGGUACUUGGAAAGCAUUACAAGAAGCUGUUGAAUCAGGUAAAGUUAAAUCAAUUGGUGUUUCAAACUUCGGUACUCCACAUCUUGAUGAAUUAUACGCUUGGGAAGGUUUGAAAAAUAAACCAGUUGUUAAUCAAUUAGAAUUACAUCCAUGGUUACCAAGAAAAGAUUUACAAGCUUAUGGUAAAAAAUAUGAUUAUUUACUAGAAGCUUAUUCACCAUUAACUCAAGCUAAGAAAUUAGAUGAUCCAGAAUUAGUUUCCAUUGCAAAGAAACAUAAUGUUACACCUGCACAAAUCUUAUUAAGAUGGUCUUAUGAUCAAGGUUUUAUUCCAUUAGCUAAAACUGUUAAUGUUGAUAGAAUUAAAGAAAAUUUCAAUGUUCUAGAUAAUGUUCCAAAAUUAAGUGAUGAAGAUUAUAAAAUUUUGGAUAAAGAUAGUUAUGAAGUUUUAACUUGGGAUCCAACUAAACAUGUUGAUCAAUAA